AUGUCAAAGCUUCAAGAGAUGGACUCGGCAUUGCCUGAAAAUAUAAAGGAGGUAAUUCAUAACUUUGACGGUUCCGAUGGAGUGUUCGUCAACCGACUGUCAUUGACUUCCGACGGCCAUAUACAGAUGCAGGGGAAGCGACUUGACGCUGAUAUUCUCCAUCCGGAAGAGAAAGAAACACUGAAUGCUAAACACAAAAUGGUAGUUCGGUUUUUCGGACGAGGCCCUGAGCCUGAGGAGGAAUAUUUGCAAAUGCUAAAUUUGGUAAAGUACGACAAUGGGACGUAUUCUUUUGAACAAGGUCGGGAUAAAGUUGUGAAAGGGAGUAAACUUAAGAACGAGGGUAUGAUUGACCUAUGGUCCUUCGUCGAAAAGAUAGACGAAGAAAACAAGAAAAAAAAUGGCCCGUCUUUCCAUCGUUAUUUUAUUAUGGCCAAGGUUAAACCAGGGUACGACAAAGAAAAGGGGCGGUUCUGA